AUGGUACCAAAUAGUUUCAAAUCUAUUGCAAAAAUUCGUUACGAGCAAUUAAAUUCUCGCAGUUUUUGUCUUAUUGGAUGCUAUGGCCGAAAUGAACUUAUUUUUUCUUAUAAUAAAUACUUUAUUAUCAUCGAAACCGAUGUAAAUUUACGUCCUGGCAUCUAUCUUCAAAAACUUCCUUCUAACAAUGAGGAGGAUAGCUCUGGUAAUUCUCGAUUCUUACUUAUUCAUUGGAGUGAAGACGACUGUUAUGAAAGUUCCGCAUCAUCACAUAAAAAGAAAAUUAUGACUAAUUUGCAUAGGUAUAAACAAAAUUAUUUUAUAUUAAAUACUGCUCAUCAACUAUGCUUGAUGUCAGAUAAAGAUUUAGAAUGUAUUAACUGGCAAAUGUUUGAGGAUGAAGAUGACGAAGGUGUUUAUCAUGAAAAACUAGCCAUGAAAUUCAAUCCUAGCGAGCAUAACGAUAGCCCACAAUUACACCCUUUAAUAGUAGAAUCUACUUUUAGUCCAAUGUUGAUAACACGAGAAAUGUUACCAACAUCAAAAACAGUGACUUCGGGUGUUGAAAAGUUUGAUUCGGCAAACAAAUUUCGUGAAUAUUUUCAAAAGAAACUUGAAACGAAAAAGUAUUCACUUUUAAUCGAUCGUAAUAAGGUUACAAUGGCCAAACUAAAGAUCAUUAUAAAGGAUGGUUUAGAACUUCCUUAUUUAUUAACACCAUAUCUCGCUGAUUUGACCACAUUCGAAGAAAAAAAACUUGUUGAAGAAAAUAAACUUAAGGAAAUGUUCCAGGACGACAUGAAUGUUGUUAAGAAAAUGGCGUUAAUGAUUUUAAAGAAAACUUAUAUACGUCUUACAUAUUCUGAUCAAGAAGAAACUAUUAGUGAUGAAACUAUAAAAAGAAUUAAUCAAACAUAUGCCAAAAUGCUAGCUGAGAUUCAUGAGGCUAUAAAUAACAUCAGUCACACUCAAUGGAAUGAUUAUAAAACCCGAUUCAUCUUUGCCAAAAAUUAUGCUAAAGACAACUCAACUUUAAAUUCAACCGUUGAAAAUGACCAUUCACAGUUAUCUGCUGAUAUAGCUAAUGAGCAGGGACUGAAAAAUUUACCCCGAUCACGAAUAUAUUUCUAG